CCGGCGGGCAGUGCGCGAGCAGUCGGGCGGGCGGGCAGGGAUGGCGGAAGGUUCUGGAAAGCGGCGGAUUAAAGUGACGGUGAAGACGCCGAAGGACCGCGAAGAGUUCGCGGUGGAAGAGGAGGCGUCCGUGCGGGAGUUUAAAGAUGAAAUAUCCAAACGGUUCAAGGCGAAGCAGGAACAAUUGGUGCUCAUAUUUGCUGGAAAGAUUCUGAAGGAUGGAGAUACGCUCAGCCAGCAUGGCAUAAAGGAUGGGCUCACAGUGCAUCUGGUAAUAAAGACAGCGCAGAGGCUCCAGGACUCUGCUACACAGCCUUCAACAUCGUCCAGCACUCCCAGUUCUGAGGAGACCGCUACACGGACCGAGCCUGCCACAGCUACUGUUACCAGCACGAGCAGUGGGGCGAACACAGCACCUGCAACAGGAACACCCACGUCUUCUCAGUCUGUAUUAUCUGGAUUUGGUGGCAUUCCUGGACUCGGGAGCCUUGGCAUGGGUUCAGCAAACUUCAUGGAACUGCAACAGCAGAUGCAACGACAGCUCAUGUCAAACCCGGACAUGCUGGCCCAGAUCAUGGAGAAUCCCUUUGUGCAAAACAUGAUGUCCAACCCAGAUCUCAUGAGGCAGAUGAUCAUGGCAAACCCUCAGAUGCAGCAGCUGAUGGAGAGGAACCCAGAGAUUAGUCACAUGUUAAACAACCCAGAGUUAAUGAGACAGACCAUGGAACUGGCUCGGAACCCAGCCAUGAUGCAAGAAAUGAUGAGGAACCAGGACAGGGCUCUCAGCAACCUGGAGAGCAUCCCCGGUGGCUACAAUGCUCUGCGACGUAUGUACACUGACAUCCAGGAGCCCAUGUUCAGUGCGGCCAGAGAACAGUUUGGGGGCAACCCCUUCACUGCCCUGGGUGGUGGCUCGGACAGUAAUGCUCAGCCAUCUCGGACUGAGAACAGGGAGCCUUUGCCCAACCCCUGGGUCACAACAUCACCCUCUUCUCCAGCUGCCAGUUCCAAUAGUGAAGGAGGAAACAGCACCAAUCAGACAACACCACCUGUAUCAAAUCCCUUUGGCAUCAACACAGGGAGCUUAGGAAAUGGAAUGUUCAACAGCCCAGGAAUGCAAAGCCUAAUGCAGCAGAUCUCUGAGAACCCCCAGCUAAUACAGAAUAUGCUGUCGGCACCGUACAUGAGGAGCAUGAUGCAGUCACUAUCCCAGAACCCUGACCUUGCCUCACAGAUUUUAAUGAAUAAUCCAUUGUUCGCUGGCAAUACGCAGCUGCAGGAUCAGCUCCGAAUCCAGAUGCCCAUCUUCUUGCAGCAGAUGCAGAACCCUGACGUGCUGUCGGUGAUGACCAACCCCCGAGCCAUGCAGGCACUGCUGCAGAUCCAGCAGGGGCUGCAGACGUUACAGACAGAGGCACCAGGACUCCUGCCAGGGUUCAGCUCUGGUGGCCCUGCACCUCAUUCCGGGCUUGGAGGCCUAGCCAGCGGAUUGACACCUACGACAACGGCGGCUAGCACCGGGACCGUGAACACAAGCUCGGGGAGCCCAGCACCCUCAGGCCCAGGCAACAGCAACCCACAGCAGCAGCUGAUGCAGCAAAUGUUACAGAUGUUAGCUGGGGCCAAUACUCAAGUACAGAACCCUGAAGUGCGAUUUCAGCAGCAAUUGGAACAGCUCAGUGCCAUGGGCUUCAUCAACCGCGAGGCCAACCUGCAGGCACUCAUAGCCACUGGAGGGGACAUCAAUGCUGCUAUCGAGAGACUUCUGGGCUCCCAGCCCUCAUAAUCACCUGAAAGACAGGAGGGACGUCAGCCUCAUCUCUGGCAAUCUCACCACUUUGUUCAGCAGUGGGAGAGCAGGCUCCUCAGAAGGAUAAUAACUGAUCUUUUAAGUCAGUGAUUUAAAACAAAGCUCAUUCGAACUCAUCUUCACCCUCUCCAGUACGUAUCAUCCAGUGCUUAAUUGAAAAGAAAGGAUUGUCCUGUUGAGUUGUAACAAUGGGGAAAGCACUCUUGCUGUACAGCAUUCGUUGGCCUGUUUCACCCACUGCCCACCUCCCACUCUGCUUCUUUGUUCUGUAUUCGCUACCAGAGCCUGGAUCCAGUGGUUUAAAUGAAAUGUGAACAUAAAAGAGUAACAUUGCUAACGGCUUGAGUCCCUCUCCUCAUUUUAAGGCAGCCCUCAGUUUCCCCAAGAUUCCUCCUUCCCUGCACCUCGGUUAACCUUGUGUCAGUGUGGUUUGUGUUACACGUGUAGUGUCUGUAGGGUUCAGACAUGUUUUAAACCCACAUUUCUCUCAUAUGUUGUUUUGGAGUGGGCUGUCACCUGAUAGCUUACAGAUGGUUUAAUAUAUUUCACUCUUCCCUCCAAAACAUCUGUUUAUCAGUAGCAGCUCAAUAUACUGUACAUUGUGUAUUUUUUAUCCUGCCUGCUGACCAUUUUGUUGGUGUCAUAAGAAGGGGCAGCAUUCAGUAAAUGAAUGUAUAUAUUAACUCCAUCUGCUAUGGUUUGAUGUCCUGUAAUCUUAUCAGCCCCCAAAAUCUGUUUGGUCCUAGUCUCAGCCCUAGUAGGGAUAGAGCCUACAGUUCCACUGCCCUCACCACCCCCGAGUUCAAGUUUGUCUUUUUUUUCCCCAAGUUCUCCAUUAAAGCAUAGAUUAUACAUGUAAUUUUCCAGCUCAGAGUUGCUGGCACCUGAACAUCCCUUCAGAUCAGAUGUCAAAGGAAAAGGUCACUCUUGACCACCUUUACAGAUGCUCAAAGUGGCAUAGAUAGGUUUCCAAGAUCCUUCCACAAUGUGCCAUGAGGUGGAAUUGUGGCCAGGUCCUGUCAGAAUGUAAAUGGAUGGCAGUUGGCUGCAAAAUGGAAAAUGCUUGGGGCUCGAGGUAGGUUUACAAAAGUUAGAAGAUAAUAGUCUUGGUGUGUUAGGUACAGAGCAGCACAGUUCAUCGUUCACCAGUGAUGGGGCUGGAGUCAGAAAUAGUUCCAGAAUUGUGUCUGUGGUUCCUGAAGGAGGACUGCUGUUAAUAACAUCAAGCGGCACUCUGAGGCGGACAAGCUGCAUGUGGCUUGGAAAAAGUACCUGGGAUUCAGCUGCAAAUGAAGCAGAGGUGGGCUAUUUAGCCCUUUGUGCCUGCUCUGUCAUUCAGUUAGGUCAUGGCUCAUAUUUUACUGCAUGAAGCCCACAUUUCCUGAUGUAUUUAACUUGGAGAGUCUUGGAAUCAGGCCCUUUGGCCCACCAGAUCUAUGCCAACCAUUAACAAUUCAGUUAAACUAAUCUUAAAUUAAUCCUUUUUUUUUCUCUCAUCGGCUAUCUCCAGACUCUAACCUUAACCUGCACACUGGGGGCAUUUACAGUGGCCAGUUAACCCACCUACCCACAUAUCUUUGUGAUUUGGAAAGAAACCAGAGUUGUCAGGGAAUGGAGAGAAUGUGCAUUUUCUAAAUAGUACCAGAAGUCAGAAUUGAGCCUGCGUCUCUGGAGCCAUGAGGCAACAGCGCUGGUUGCUGCACCACUGUGCUUCCAUGCUUAGGACAAUCUAUCAACAUCUAUCCUGAACACAUUCACCAACUGAGAUGUUGGAACUUUAAUCAUCAAAAUUGAAGGGUUGUGAAGCUGAGAUUGGACAGGGAAGCAGGGAGAGAGGAUUAAAAGGGAAUGAUAUGUCCUCGGUGAGUAGGAUGAUUGGUUAUUCAGGACAGAGAUGAGGGGGAAAUUUGUCAACAAUAAGGUGGCAAAUAAUUGUUGCAAGGAGAAAAAAUGGGUAAGAAGGAAUGGGGUCAGACUUCUCAAGGAUAGGAGGGAAACAGGAAGUAAGAGAGGGUCAAAGUGACAAAGCCCCUAAUGGAAGGCUGAUCCAAAAGAUUAAGAACAUAGAAUAUUACAGUUGUGUCAACUUUAUAACUUGAACUUUUAAGAUCAGUCAUACCCUUCCCUCCUAUACAGCCUCCAUGUGCCUGUUCUCCCAUCCAUGUGCCUGUUUAAGAGUUUCUUAAAUUCACCUAAUGUGUCUGCCUCUACUACAACUCCCCACUCUGCAACGAACAAAGUACAUUUAUUAUCAAAGUUUGUAUACUUUUAUACAACCUUGAGAUUCAUCUCCUUUCAGGCAGCUACAAAACAAAGAAGCCCAGUAGAACCCAUUAAAACAAAAGAAGGCCAACUAUUGUGCAGAGAGAAAAAAAACAUCAUGCAAACAAUAAAAGUAAGCAAAUAUCAAUCAGAUCUGAAGAUUGCCAAAGUUAGUCCACAGAAGCCGCAGCCUCUGUUCAGUGCAGGGGCGAGUAAGCUGUUUCUUCCAAUCACCUUAAAAACCUUGAUUAGCCAUGACAAAUAAAUCUGUAGGAUCAAUGGUGGCUUGGUAGUUUGGAUUCAAAAUUGGCUCGGCAAUUGAAGAUAAUGGUGGAGGGGUGUUUCCCUGAAUGAUCUGCACAGAAAUGUAGGUAGGCUGAUUAAGUUUCCAGAUGACAAGAAAAAUUGACAGCUGUGGAUAGUGAGGAAGCUUGUCAGGAUAUAGACCAGCUGGAAAUGUGGGCAGAGAAAUGAGAGAUGGAAUUUAAUCUGAACAAGUGUGAGGUGAUGCAUUUUGGGAGGUCAAUUUCAGGAGGAAAUUUUACAGUAAAUAGUAGUACUCUCAGGAGCAGUGAUGAGAGAUGAGUCUUGGGGUGAGAGUCCAUAGCUCCCUGAAAAUGACAGCAUUUAGAUAGGGUGGUAAAGGUGGCAUAUGACUUUAAGAAUGCCUUCAAUAGUUGGGGCUUUCAGUAUUAAAGUCAUAUUGCAGAUGUAUAAACCUUCAGUUAGGACUCGGAGUAUUGUGCACAAUACUGGUUGCCCCAUUAUAGGAAGGAUGUGGCGGCUUUGGAGAGGGUACUGGAGGUUCACCAGGAUGCUGCCUGGAUUAGAGAGCAUGUGAGGUUGGAUGAGCUUAAGUUGUUUUCUCUGGAGAGGCAGAGACUGAAGGGAGAUCUGAUAGAAGUCUAUAAAAUUAUUGAGUCAUAGAUAAGAGUAGAUCGUCAAGUCAUUUUCCUAGGGUAGAAAUGUCAAAUAUUUAAGGACAUAGAUUUGCUUAAAGAUGAACAGGGCAAGAUGGAUUCCUGGAAUGUGCUGCCAGAGGGAGGGGGGUUGAAGCAGGCACACUAGUGUGUUGCCUUCUUUAUCUUAGUGGCACGUUAUCGAAGGCAUGCUGAAACACAAAUCACAGGAUCACCCUUACCUAUUCUGCUGGUUACAACAGAUCUUAUUGGAUAUCAGGCCAUGUUGGCUCUCUUAUUGUUACUUUCACUUCCAGCUAAUUUUCCUUGUACUGUCGUCUGGCUAAUGAAUUACUAAAGAUUUACUAAGGCCAAGAGCAGAAGCUCAUUAGGUGAUGUGGUUAAUCUAGAGGGUAGAACUCCAACUGGUGACGUAUAUUGAGUUUCUGUCAAGCCAAACUGAACCUAGUAACGUGGCAGCACUGCCAGUCGUGUGGAUUGGAUGUGCUGCUAUUGAUGAUCGGCACUUUCACUUCACUUUUUAAAGGUUUACAGUCCUACAGUUCAAUAUGCAGUGAACCUGGUGUGUUUAAAGGGAUCUUGAGGAAUGGGUUCUUAGGAGUGGGACCCAGGGCCUCAUGUUUCAAUGAAACAAGAAAUGGGGGUCUUGGUGAGUUUAAAAGGAAUGGGAAACAGGUCCCAGUAAGUUUAAAGGGAAUAUGGGACACAUAAAUGCAAAAAAAUUAUGCAGAUGCUGGAAAUCUAAAUCAAUACACACAGAAUCCUGGGGGAGCUCAACAGCAUCCAUGGAAAUGAACAAACAUUUGACAUUUUGAGCUGAAACCCUUCUUCAGGACUCACAGGGUACCAAUGAAUUUAAAGGGAGCAGGGAAUGGGAUCCCAAUGAAUUUAAAGGGAAUGCAGGAACCAGGUGUCCUGGUGAGUUUAGUGGGGGUAUGGGGAACAAUCAGGUGAACCAGAUACUGUUCCAUUGGGAUUUCCAAACAACUGAAUAGAGGUCAGUGGAGUUUGACUAUUUGAAGCAGUUCAGUCUCUUGGUUAUGCAGUGUAGUCACAUAGUAAUUCAGCAUGGAAACAGACACUAUGGCCCAAAGUUCAUGCCAAACAGGUUUCCAAGCAAGUUCCAUCUGCCCACGUUUGGCCUCAAUCUCUCCAAUCCCUUCCUAUCCAUGUGCUUAUCCAAAUGUCUCUUAGAGGUGUGAACAAUUUACAGAAACAAUGUGAAUUUGUACCUUUUGGAAAAGACAGAAGGAGUUGGGAUAUGUCUCCUCUGGGAGAAGGGAAAGUUAAGGGGGAAGCUGAUGGAAUUUUUCUGUUUUAGGGAGGUGUUUACCCUAGUAUGUGAUUUCACUUCAAGAUGAGAUCAGAACUUGGGGCCAACAGUACAGGAUGUUCACUGAUUGAAGAUUUACCUGAGGGAAGUAUGCAACCAGAUGCCACAGUGAUUGGUUAAAGGCAUUGGGUCUGAAAGGACAUGUGACUGAGUAAGACAGUGGAGUCUUUGUCCUGGUAGUUUAACUGUUUUUAAACCACCAGUUCCUGUCCAGUUAUUUCCCAGAAUCCCUUUCCAAAGUCUGGGACUGUUCACUCAUGCAGGAUAUGGCAGCCACUGUUCCACACUUUGCAGUGCCCAGCUUGGCUAGAGGAGAUGAUCCUCUUCUGCUGCCUUCCACCCAACCCUCAGGGACUCCAAGAAUGGCAGACUGCAAGACCAGUAGGUCAGGUUGUGUGCAGACUGGACCCACUCGGGAAUAUGAUGACUUGAUUUGAACUGGCAGCUCCUUCCAACCGGCUGAAGGCUUUCCCCCUCUCAAUUGUCUCAGAACAUUGGAAAAUUAGCCACAGAGGUAUCUGCUCUGGUAAGUGCUGAAAGUCUCAUCCAUCUACAGCCACUCUGGUAUCAUCUGUCAGGUUCUGAUGUCUUUGUGCAGGCAAGGUCCUGUCUCUCAAACUUGAUUGAGUCAUUUAAGGAGGUGAUUGAUGAAGGUAGAACACUGAAUCUUGUCUACAUGGAUUUCAGCAAGGUGUUUGACAAGUUCCUUCACAGGAGGCUCACCCAGAAGAUUUGAGAUGCAUGGGAUCCACAAUGACUUGGCUAUGGAAGUCCUACAUGUAAACGGCUAUGUAUAGCUGGCCACACAUGGGGCAUCCCUGGCGUACUCUUCCAAAGUGAAAAUCUGCCAUCGAGAACUUGAUUUUCACCUGUCUCUGUUGCAGUGGACAAAAGUUUUGCCCAGGACCCAAGUGUACACAGUUUUGAGUGCCAAAGUAUUCUUUGUUUCCCCUUUGGAAGGCCUCUGAGUAGGAUGAGACAAAGGUGACCCAGCCCCCAGGGACCGGUGGACCAGGUCCCAGAAUAUAUGGAUGUUGCUCUGAGGACUGUAUAGGACUGGUCGGGACAGUCUAGAGGGGUGAUCUCGACCGAGGAGGAACAAUAAGAGUGGAGAUUACUCUCUUUAGGCAGCAGGAAGAUGAUCGUUCUGCAUCUGUAGGGUCAUUAGGCUUUCCCCUAAGACCCACCUGUAGUUAGCCUCGCACCCAGUGUGCCCCAGAAAGCCCUGAGGAACAGUGCUCAGCACUUCCAGCCUUGGGGACUUGCCUUUUGGAAGUCAAUGGAGGGCACUGGUCAGUUGCAUCAAUAUGACUGGGCAAAUUACCUUUGGCAGCUCCUCCCACAGGUGCACAGUUCCUCAGUUCAUCCAGAGAGAACAGCUCCAGGAGAGCAGCAAAACAUGAUUCCCUGUGGAUCCGUGAUGAGCGAGUUAUCAUUAGCCAGCAGCUCCGUCAGACAUCAGUGGACACCCCAUCACUCCUCCCAUGGAAUAGAAGAAUGAGCCACAGUCCAGGAUCCAGAUCUGUGACCUGUGUCCAUGUCUGCCUUCACCCACCCCACCACGCACCUCCCUUUCAAGGUGCUCGGUCUUUGCCAUUUUGCAGUUUUUGAUGUAUGUACCCCUCCCCAUGCCAGGUAGUGGUAUGAGCACAACAUGGAGGCUGCUGAUCUGUGGGAGAUGUAUGUCAGUGAAACUCCUCCAGUCUACUGGGGGAUGGUGCUGCAGUCAGGAUAUACAAGCAAUUCCCUCCCCCGUGCCUGGCUGCACUUGAGACCAGAUUUUCAGGGCAACAUGCACAAAAUGCUGGAGGAACUCAGUAAGACAGGCAGCAUCAAUGGAGAGGAACAAACAGUUAACAUUUUGGGCCAAGAACUUUAAUCGGGACUGUUCUCCAAGGGGUUUCAGUGGUUGGGAAGAUGCUGGAUUCCAUUAUUGAGGCACAUGUUAAAAUUGGCCUAGGUCAACAUGGUUUCUUGCCUGAUAAAUCUGUUGGAAAUCUGAGGAAGUAAAAAGGCAGGAUGGAGAGCCAGUGGAUGUUGAUGACUUGGAUUUUCAAGCCUUUGCCAAAGUGCCUUACCUGAGGCUGCUUAACAAGACAGAGUUGUUGGUAUUACAAGAAAGAUAUCGUGGCUGACUGGCAGGAGGCAAAUACUGGAAAAAAGGGUCCUUUCCUGGUUGGCUGCUGGUGACUAGUGGUGUUCUGCAAGGGUCAGUGUUGGGACUGCUUUUCAUGUUAUAGGGCAAUGAUUUGGAUGAAGGAAUUGAUGGCUUUUUGGCCGGGUUUGGGGGCAAUACAAAGUUAAGUGGAGGGCAGAUCAUGCUGAGGAAGCUGGGAGUCUGCAGAUUCACUUACCCAGUUUAGGAGUAUGGGCAAAGAAGUGAUAGCUGGAAUAUAGUGUAGGGAAGUGUAUGGUCAUACACUUUGAUGGAAGGAAUAAAAUUAUAGACUUUUCUACAAGGGGAGAAAGUUCAGAAAUCAAAGGUACAAAGUAUCUUGGGAGUCUUCAUGCAGGCUUCCCUGAAGGUUAAUUUAUUGGUCGACUCGGUGGUAAGGAAGGCAGAUGUAAUGUUAGCAUUCAAUUCGAGAGGACUGGAAUAUAAAAGUAAGAAUGCAAUUCUGAGGCUUUAUAAGGCAUUGGUCAGAAUGCACUUAGGUUAUUGUGAGCAGUUUUGGGCCCUUUAUCUAAUAAAGUAUGUGCUAUGCACUGGAGAGGGUUUCCAAAAAACCUAGGAAUGAAAUGGGUUAAUGUAUGAGGAGCAUUUGAUAGCUCUGGGCUUGUACUCACUGGAGUUUAGAAGAAUGAGUAGUAUCUCAUUGAAAUGUAUCAAAUAUUGAAAGGCCUAGAUACAGUGGACGUUGAGAGGGUGGUGUGGGAGUCUGGGACACAGAAUAGAGGAUCGUCCAUUUGGAACAGAGAUGAGAAAUUUCUUGAGUCAGAGAGUAGUGAAUCUGGAAUUUAUUGCCACAGAUGGCCGUGGAGGCCCAGUUAUUGGGUAUAUUUAAAGUAGAUGUUGAUAGGGUCUUGAGUUAUACAUUUAUAGGGUCUUGCAUUAAAGAAUAUGGGAGAAGGCUCCCAUGAUAUAAAAGCUUGAAAGCACAUGCCACAAGGCUCAAAACCAGCUUCCAUGCCACUGAUGUAAGUUUAUUGGAUGGUUCCCCGACUCAAAUAAGAUGAACACUUGACCUCAAUCUCUCGUCAUGGCCUUUGCACCUUAUCGUGCAAGGCCUGCACCUCUCUGUCUGUAACUGUAACACUUUAUUCUGCAUUUUGUUAUUACUUUCCCCUUGUAGUAUCUGAAUGCACUGAUAUGGUGACGUGAUCUGUGUGCGUUGUGGGCGGAUCAGGGAAGGAGGUACACAGGAACCUAAAGACCCACGCAAUAAUUCAGUAACACUUUCAUCCCCAACACCAUCAGACUUCUGGUCCUUGAACGCCACAGCGUUAUUGUCUGUUCUGCAGUAUUUACUUACUUUUUAAAUUUAUAUAUUUUUGUUUUUGCACUGUACUGUUGCAAAACCAUAAAUUUCACAUCAGUCAAUGGAAUAAAUCUGAUUCUGAC